GUACAUAGUAGGUAGCUUAAGAGCUAUAGCCCGCUUCUUAUUGGUUCGUGCGCGAGUCCCCCGGAUUUGACUAUUUUGAGCCCCUGCUCCAUUUCAACAUCUAUCGCCAAUCAUAGCAUCUUUACUUACAAGCUACAUAACUACCCAAGGUAAUAAUAACAAACAGUCGAAACCUUGAUAUCAUCUUAAAUCUUCACCCUGGGUACAUACAUACAUACUUAAUAAUUAAUUCAUUAAUACCUAACUUAACCUAACCUAACCUAUCUAGUAAGGACAAUAAUGCCAGCCCUCCAAUCCGAUCCCGAAGACCCCCGGUCGUCAUCGCGUUCCUGCUGCAGCAGCGGUCUCUCGUUCGCGGAGCUGAGCCGCCCGGUCGAGGUGAACGACUCGUCUGUUAGUAACGUAUUCUGGAGUUGGCCAAUCCUCGGCCCGCUGCUCGUCGAGAACGAGAGCAGCGACACGCGUGAUCAUUGCGCCAAUGAGCGAACCUUCCUGUCCUACCUCCGGCUCUCCGUCUACAUGGCCAUCGUCGCCAUCGCCAUAGUAUCAUCCUUCCACCUUAAAUCCCAGCCCUCAGACCUCGAGCUGCGCAUGGCCCAGCCGCUCGGGAUUGUCUUCUGGUUGCUCUCUCUGGCUUGCUUGAUUCUCGGGCUCGGUAAUUAUAUUAAGACUCUGGAUAAGUACAGUAGGAAAGUCGCUAUAGUCCAGACAGGCUGGAGGACACAAUCGAUCAUGUCACUUAUCGCAUUGUCCAUCGUAGGCACUUGCGUUAUACUAUUGGUAAUCACUAAAGCGCCGGUAGAGGAAUAACCACACUUUUCUUGGCUCCAGCUGUCUUCUUGUCCAUUUGACUUCUGAAGUGAUAUAUACAUGGUGUGCCGUCAUAAACCUGCUGAUAUAUGUACCCUAUAUCCCGGGCAAAGUACGCCAAACACCACGAU